UAAUGUUUCGAAGCGACAAGCUUUGUUCAAUUGAGGGCUCGAGGUCGAGCACACAAAUGAAUGCCUCGGGAUGCUUGCGAAACACUUGUCACAACAACCUGUCAAUUGGUGAGCAAAAGGACACAAGAAGGACUCUUGCGCUCGUUUUCGCUACUGCUUGAAAGUCGAGAACAUCGUUGAGCCAUCAUGGCACAGGCAAGCCGCCAUCGUAUCAAUGUCCAGCAUGCCGGCGAGACUCUCUGCAUAAAUCUACACCUACUAGAGCUACACACAUUCACCCACAUCAUGGAUGAACUUGAACCUCUUCUCAAGUUGACACCAUACCAACGCUCACAUACACGCAUCUAUCUACAAUCGAAAGUCGGCGAAACAGAAGUCCUGGUCAGUAGUCGUCCACAUUACGCUACGACGCGUGGUAUCGACUAUGUCGGUAUCCCUGCAAAUCCAACACCGCACAUGUCGCGUUUUCAGCGACGUGGCAGGCUAUGGCUUUGCUUGUUUUUGUUGACAUUACUGGCACUUCAAGCGGUGUCUGUUUUGCUGGUCAUUGAAUUGGUCAUUCUGAAACCAAGAGCUGUACGUUCUGCCAGGGAUGCACGGGCAAGUGAAGUACAAGGGUUACAAGCUGCCAUUGGAGGACCUGUUGCAGGAUUGGGGACAGUUGCUCCUGUGAUGGAUCCAGCGGCUGGUGGUCAAGGUGCUAUUGCUGGACAGCAAGCAGUUGCUACGUUGCCCUCGACACUUCAGCAGCAGCCAAGUGUCGCUGGAAAUGGUGCUGCUGCUACUCCGCCAGUUUCUGGUCAAUUGACAAAUCAACAGCCAGCUGCUUCUGUUCCUGCUGCUCCUGUCGCACCUCCACAACCACAGCAACAAGCUGCAGUUCAGCCAAUGUCUGGGGCACCGGCAGUCCUUCCACAGCAGAGCACAACGAGUACUCCACAAGCUGCUAGUUUGCCAAUGCCAGCAAUGUUGCAGCCGCCAGUCAACCAGAAUGUGACCAGAAUACCCUCUGCCGGUCAGCAGCCCGUUUCUUAUCCUUUGCCCGCCAACACGACCAUCACGACGAUGGCCAAGACGUAAAAUAGAGCAGAUAUACAGUAUAUAUACACUAUAUAUCUGGUUAGCCCGGAACUUCACUCGGCUAAAAUUGGUUUUGCGUCCCCGC